AGGAAGCAGGGCGUGGCUUCUCUCUGACCAGUCGUCGAGCGCGUAAGAGGAGCGGUCGAAGAGUCCCCGCCUCUCGGUGACGCGUGCACGCGCGUUUUUCCCGGCGUUCCGCGGCGGGCUUCGAAGAGGGAGGAGGACACGGCUGGGACGCCGGGCGGUUUUGGACGCGAGGGAGGCGGUGGCGACCGCCAGAGGAAGGCAGGUGAGGAGGAGGGCGAAAAAAAGAGGCGGCCAUGGCGGUCCAGCGUGGCGGCGCGCCUUGGGAGAAGGGAAGAGAGGCUUCGCGUAAAUCCCCCCGGCGCGGAGAGACGCGCGAGCCGGGUCGUGUGGCGGCGCGGCGAUGGAGUCCCUAAGCGACCCGCUGUGCCUGCAGGAUCUGGUGGCCGGCGGCGACCCGAUGACACCGUCCAUGACGCUGGCCACCCUUGCGCCGCCGGUGGCAAUGCACCAUCACCACCACCAUCACCACGCCGCCGCCAUGGCGGGUCACCCUCUGGGCGGCGCGCUCAACACGGCCUGCUCGGCCGUACUUCAGCAGCACCACGAUGCCGAGCAGAAGAAGCGAGACUCCUUGUCCUUCUACUCAUCGAAACACGCAUACGACCGGAAAAGCCCAUAUUCGAUAUCGACGUCCACCGUGCUGCCGGACAAGGCUGCCGGCAGCAACGGCGUCGACGGCGGCGGGGGCCACAACGGUGCCGGCGGAGGAGGCGGGGCAGUCUCCUCGGAGGCCGACGAUGACCCCAAGAAGAAGAAGCGGCAGCGGCGCCAGCGCACGCACUUCACGUCGCAGCAGCUGCAGGAGCUGGAAGCGACCUUCGCGAGGAACCGCUACCCGGACAUGUCCACGCGCGAGGAGAUCGCCAUGUGGACAAACCUCACCGAGGCCAGGGUCCGGGUGUGGUUCAAGAACCGGCGCGCCAAGUGGCGGAAGCGCGAGCGCAACGCCACGGCCGAGCUGAAGAACGGCUUCGGCAGCCAGUUCAACGGCCUGAUGCAGCCGUUCGACGAUUCGCUCUACUCGGGAUACUCGUCCUACAACAACUGGGCCUCCAAGGUGCCCUCACCGCUGGGCGCCAAGAGCUUCCCGUGGGCCAGCCCGCUGGUGCCCGGCGCGCAGGGCAUGGGUUGCUUCAACUCUCCGCCCGCGCCGCCCGGCAUCUCGUCGCCGUCCAUUGUGCCAACGCCCGGCAACGCGCUGAGCGCAGCGGGCGCGGCCGCCGCCGGGGCGCCCUGCCCGUACGCGACGCCGGCCUCGCCGUACGUCUACCGCGACCAGAGCAUGACCUCGUCCAUCGCGUCCCUGCGGCUCAAGGCCAAACAGCACGCCGCUUCCAGUUUCAACACGUACAGCCCCCCACGGCAGGCGAGCGCCUUGUCGCCCUCCUGCCAGUACGCCGACCGCACCAGCGUCUAAGACGGUGCGUGGCCGCGCGGGCUGUGCGCUGCCGACUCUCUCCCUCUCCCUUGUGUUGCUAGAAGUUCGCGGACGUGCUCGCCAUCUGCCGCACGGACGUGUCUGCCGGUACGUGUGGCCUCUCGGUACAAGCAGGCCUGUGUAUAUGACCCUUGGUUGCUACUCGUACGCGCAGACAAGUCCAUGCGGUGACCGGAACAGAAAGCGGCAGGCGAGCGUUCUGGACCUGGCACGCAGCUUUGUUUGCGAGUCCAGGUAUAGAGCGUCUCAUGACGUCGACAAAAGCGCACAGAUACCCCCCCCCCCCCAUCCCCCAACCCUUUCCUUGUUCCCGCAUUUGACGUUCCUACACGGGAAACCGUUUUGCGCUCCAGGAAUGGACAGCCGAAUUUUUGUCGGAGCAGCCCAUCAUCGCUUGCGAAAAAUCUUGCAAGUAUUUAGGGAAUGUUUCUCUGAAAUCGGGUGCGCUUGUUCUUUUUUAGUUUAGUUUUUGUCUGUUUUUUUUUUUUUUACUGCUGGCAACCAGGGUCCGAAUUACCAAACAUUUUCCUUCGUAUAGAUUUCUGGAUCUUGGCUGACAGCCCUACCAUAUUAUGAUGGUCACACUUAGCCCGCAUUCUCUUACGAGGUUUUCUGGAUUAGGUGAUUCCUUGGGAACACGGACCCUCGUUUUCAGUAUGCGCACACAGCGAGGCGACUACUGCCCAUUAUGACUGGGCCUUGAGUUUUCUCCAGGUAGGACCACCGUCUUGAGCGUAAUUGGUUGGGCAUUCUAGAUUGAACUGAUGUUUUCAAGCUUAUUUGGCUCACAAAUGAAAGCAUCCCUAGAAAAAGACAAGCACAUUCCUCGCACACUGAUUAUUUCUAUCUAUUUUGUAAGGACCACUGUUGCCCUUUAUCAGACUGUAUCGAUUGGAUUUCCUCAGAGAAGGAAGACAUCUUAUUAACGCGAGUUUCGUCAGCACAUGCCAAAUCAUAAAAACCUGGUACGAACGCCUUUGCAGAAUGUGGGAUAGCUUCUGCAGUUAAAGUGACACGUGCAGAUCGAUUAGCUGAGUCCGAUUGAAGACGGUCGUUGAGUCAAGUCCAGGACUGAAAGGAAGCAUAAAUGGGCUGUUCUACGUUUUAUGUAACAGUUUCUAUUGCACAGAUCUAAAUUAAAAAGAGAACAUGCUGAAGAAGCUAUACAAUUAUGUCGCCGAUACUCCUUUAGGAAAGGUCAAAAGCAUGUGACCUAUUCCCCGUUACUAUUUUCACUCGCGCUAUGUCGACGUACCCUGCUACAACGAUCAAGUUUGUUGGCUACUACAUAUAUGGAAGAAUACACCGGACGACCUCCACAUACGAGAAAGAAAUAGUGUACUUAAAUAAGGAAAAUUUCAGUAGCUUAUUUCAGAUUAUAGCAACUUCGUCGUCGGGAUGAUGACUUUCCGUGUUUUCAUUCAUUGUAUAUUUGUAAAGAAAUUGCGUGUCUUCGUGGAGUUUCUGUCAGCUUCAUUCGCGUUCUUUGUCUUCUAAAACUACAAUGGUUUUAGAGCCUUUCGAAUUCUCAGUUGUGAGUCAGUGAAGUGCAGUUGUAGAGCAGAGGCGCUCAAGUUAGUUCGUUUCCGUCAGCAUACCCUUUGAACAUCUCGUAUCGGUUUCUAUCUAAAAGAUUUAAUAAAGGCGAAAAAAAAAAUAUCACACCUGGCUGUGAAUCUACGCGUAAAGACAUUCCUUUACGGCUGAGAGUAGUCGACCCGAAUUUGUCAGCCAACGUGAAAGUCACUUUUCUGAACUUGUCGACUGCUUGCAACGUGGUCCGACGUAUACUUGAACGUCAUCACCCCAUCCUUGAGCGCAAAGCAGUUUCUAGUGCGGUGCAAACAAACCCUUUCUUUCUGAUCCGGCACGCUCGUUUGGUCCUCGAGGCAGGGGCCCACGGACGCUCUCUCGCAAACAGUCCUCUGGCAACGACGACGACGAUUGCAUCGCACGGUGGACACGGCUCAUGCUGCAGGCGUCUUCGGUCUUUCCCAACAUCGCUAUUUUGCGGAGCAUCGGAGCUGGACCGGAUUGCGUCCACCCUGGCGGUUCUACGGACGAACGCCAGUCAUUCUGUACACGGCGGCGGGACGUCGUCAAUCUUCGUGUGUGUGGUUGCAUGACUUUUGGGACACGCAAGUUCGCGUGCCGAUUGAGUCGAGUGUGUUUUUUUUUUUUUGCUUUUCCCUGUACGACUCCUGCGUAUACGCUGUUUGAUGAAGCACCAUUUCAGAUCACUACACACGUGCACGUGUAGUUAUCUGGAAAGCCGGGGACGAGGCGUCUUCGUUUUGGUCGAGGUGGCUCAAGAGGAGCCUACGGCUGAUGCGUCUGCGGGUGGCUGCACGGGCGGUUCGCCAGCCGGCCAACGUUCGCAGCCCAUUGCGUUUUCACAGCUCUCAGCGACAGCAGUAGCGUGACAUCACAACUGGAAUCUCGUUCUUUUCUCGUCCCCUUCGCCAUUAAACGCUGCUACGGGUCUAGGCUUAGCCUGCGUGCGGAACGAUCACGCGCAUCCUAUCCGAACACCUUUCAGCCAUCACCUACGAGCCCAUUACACAUCUAUCGCAUACGUCAGCGAAGCCGCACGAUGUCACCAGAAUCGCAACCCUGCACUAGUUUUUAAGGAUAUACAUUCCUACUCGAGUGCUUACAUAACGUUCCACUACUGGACAAAAGUACAGAGUUCUCACAGAAUAAAGAACCAUUUUAAGCGUAUAACUAGCGGUGACUGAUUAGCUAUGGAAUGUCUUUCUCUGUUCCGUAGCGCAGGCGCAGUGCUCUCCAAACAUUUCAAAAAUUAAUGCUUGUAAAAUAACACGUAUAUGUCGUUAUGCGCAACGUGUGCAGCUGUGCAAAAUAGAGAUCCCUGAUUAAACGCUUUCGCUGGCAGUUUUGGUACGUUCAUACAUAACAUGGUAUAAGUGCUGAGCCUAUUUCGUUAAAGAAUAGAACCGUUUUUUUUCUGCAGUUGACGAACUGAAAAGCAGAACCUGUUGAGCCCGAAAACAAAGUUUUGACGGCCUGGAGUGCUGGAAUCUACGCUCACAUUGCGCCGAAUGCAUGCGUUCACGUCGUUUAUGUUUGAGUCAAUGCUGGUACGCAAGCUCUUUUGGCAUUUGUAUUGCGUUAUCUUCUUUCAGGGUGCGCCGCUAAAUUAUUCUGAAAGACACCGUGCUCAGAAAUAUAACGAGUCUACAUGAUCGUUGAAUCCAUAUCACGCAAUUGAGCCGAUACUUUGAACCACUCUAUUUAGACCGAAUUGUUCCGAUGUGAAGUUCCGAUUAAAUUAAGAUACGCUUCGCUACCAUGCCUGCAGACCAGUUGCCGCGCUUACACUGUAUUAUCACCCUUCUGUUCAUUGCAUCCAUCAAGUUAUGGAAUAUAGGUUGGUGCCGACAAAGUGGUCCGGAUACCGUAGUUGGGCAAGUAAGGGCUUCGCAACCGGCUGGUCUGACCGUAGUUCAACAACGAAGCUAGAAUACAAGCUAAUCCGGAAUAAAUCUGCAACAGGCACGUCACCCUUAUAAUUACGAGGUUGUCUCAAUUCGUUCACAAAGUCAAGAAUAAAGCCCUUUAAAAAAACUUCAAUCCGGCCUGAUGAACUUGCGGCUGCGUACUAAAACUUUUUCUCUCACGGGGACGCAACGUGCAGGGUCUGUUGAGAGUAACAAAACAGCUCAGCACACAAUUUUCGCCUAGCUCGGAACGUGUCGCAUGCCGCUUCCGUUACAACUCCUGGCGCAUGGAAUGUUUGAACUGCAAGAGUCAAUGAAACAGGAGACCGGCAGCACGGACGGCGGUCAGCGCAUCUCGCCAGGAAGCAUACUGCAGCGAGACCAGGGCCCAGAUCCACAAGUAUUUUUCCUAACAGGAAACUUGAGCCAAUCCUGAUUUAGGACAUAUCAUUCACAAGUCGGCUGACCAAUGGCAAAAUGCACUUAAAAGUGAAAAGCUUUGUAAAUUGGGCCCCGACGAACUAAAGCAAAGGGGCGGCUUUUGCGAAAUCGCUGCAUAAGGCAGGCAGUGCAAAGAGUGCCACCGCUACUUGCCAGAACGAACGCUCCAGUACUGGAGCACUUUUUGCGCAAUGGCAACUGAAUAAAACUCUGCAUUCGAACUGAAACGACGACAUGUUCAAUCUGGCAGCUGCAACCAUGGAUCUGUCUACUCUAAACUCAAAAUUCAGCUCGUGACGACCAAGUUUUCCUUCAUUCGUCAAUUACUUCUUUCUUAAUAAUUGUCCUCGUUGCUAUUUGGCAGAGUCUCGCCAAUAGGCCACGUUGCAUUUUAAACGUUAGCGACAUAAUGCGUGGAAGCCUUCUUGCUGAACCAUGAUGCUGUUCAUUCCAGACCGUGUCUUCAGACAGAUUCUUCAUGGCAAUGGAGAAUCAUAAAUACUGAAUCAGAUCACAACUACGGUAAGAGAGGUUCGUGGAUGAUGUCAACAUUUAAAUGGCUGUAGUCUCGUCAAGCCGUGCAAAGCCGACCUCUUUAAAAAGCCAGCUGUCACUUCGUUUCAUGCAGCCAUCCGUUUCGCACGCAAGCCUGUAGAAGCGGUUCUCGCAUGUGUGAUGUCACACGACUGGGGAGGGGAAAAAAUGCAUUUUCAAGAAUCUUGUCACCGGUCCAUCACAUCGCACAGUGCGUCCGCAACACACCGCAUCAAAAUGUACAUGUCGCGUUCCAUCCCUUUAGUAAACCAAAGAGCUCACCUGACCGGGUGUCAGUUACUCGCAAAUUAUGACUCGUGUUGCAUGAUGGCGCAUACGCGUUAGUCAAAAGAAAGUUCCUUUAGUUCGAGACAGUUGCAUCCCGUGUGACUGAGUGUAUGCUGGGGCACACAUGGCCGAGAGAAACAGGACAUGCCCUCUGUGUACAGUGAUGAGCGAAUAUGUUAGCGUAUCGCGGGGAGCGCGAAUGCUAUUGCGCCUAGUCACGACCGCGAAUGCAUUUCUGAAUGGCACUCCAUAUGUCGGAAAGUGUACCGAGCGAAAAGGAGUGACCGUUCGUUUGUGCUGUCUUGUGCGUAUGACAUCGUCUGAAUUAUCCUCGUGCAAAACCAUUGCUUGAAAGGCGCGAGGUCAGGAACAUUGUAUAAAGCUCUUGUCGCGGUUACGUGGUUUAUCGCGGAAUUUUUUUUCCUUCGGACAUUACGCAGAUGUAUGCCCGUGAAGUGGUCAUUAAGCAUCACAGAGUUGUCUUGAAGCUCUUUUCAUGCCAAUAAAAACAAACAU